AUGUCAAAUGGUACUGGUUCAACUCAACCGAUACGGCGGAGCGAUUUCAAAAUAGCAAUCAUCUGCGCCCUGCAAGUCGAAUACGAUGCAGAUGAGGACUUUGGCCGAGCAGAGGGUGACCAGAACUUUUACACGGCGGGCUGUAUCGGCAACCACAAUGUUUUCAUCAUCCUUCUCGAGAGCAUGGGGAAAAUCAGCGCUGCCAAGGCUGUUGCAAAUAUGCGCGUGAGCUUCACUGCCAUUCAGCUGCUUCUGCUUGUUGGAAUAUGCGGCGGGGUUCCGUCAGGCCCACGGGGAGAGAUUCUGCUGGGCGAUGUCAUCGUUGGCGAUGAGGUGAAGCUCUACGACUACGGCAAGCGAUAUCCAGAUGGAUUUCGACGCUCAGAAGACCCUGGAUACAACAUAAGCAACUUCAAUAGGAGUGUUCGUGGCUUACUGGGUGCGAUACAGACAGAUAGGGGCAUGCGGUCGUUUGAAGAUCGAAUAAGCCAUCAUCUGCAACACCUUCAGGAAGUGGCCAGCAGCCAGAAAAUCAUCAAGUACAGUUAUCCAGGAUCAGCAGAGGACAAGCCUUUUGCUUCUGAAUAUCGCCACAAACAUCAUCAACGUGCACCAUGUAUUUGCCGUCGUUGUCUUACCGACUCAGACCCCAUAUGUGAAGAAGCGAUCAAGGCUUCAUGUCUUGAGACGAAUUGUAAUACAAGCCACAUCAUUCAGAGGGAAAGGAUAGCUGCAAAGCAGAUGUUAAGACCGGAAAGGGUCAACGAGGCUCAGCGUCCGACUGUGCACUUUGGACGCCUUGCGUCAGCGGACAUGGUCCUAAAAUCUGCAAAAGACCGUGAUGCGUUGAGCCAAGAGCUCCAGGUCAUUGGAUUUGAAAUGGAGGCCGCUGGAUUUUACAACGAGUUGCCAUACGUGGUGAUUAAGAGUGUUUGCGACUACGCUGAUUCCCACAAGUCCAAGGCAUGGCAACCAUUUGCAGCGGCAACGGCUGCAUCUGCUUGCAAAUCACUAUUAGAACGCUAUCACCGGACCGGUUCGAUCCCACAAGAGGCCUUUAUAGAUCACGGAGCUAGCAAAGAAGAUCGUGCACGUGCAGCCAUUUGCGUUAUCCCAUUGCUCAAGAACGAGCGGUUCGUCGGCAGACAAGACGUCUUGGAGAAGCUUAAAGAAAUGCUAUUUCACAAGCAAAGCUUCAGCCGGGCUGCAUUGGUGGGAUUGGGUGGUAUGGGCAAACCCCAAGUCGCCCUACAACUUGCAUACUUGAUGAAAGAUGUGUUGCGAGAUGAGGAUGGUAGGGAAUGUUCAGUUCUUUGGAUUCCUGCUUUAAGUGUUGCGACGUUCGAACAAGCCUGUGCCGACAUCGUGAGACGCAUACCUCAAUCAAGUAAAACGGGAAAAGAUGAUAAGCGAGCUGUCAAAGACUAUUUUAGCACAAAAGAAGCAGGCAGAUGGCUUCUCGUCUUAGACAACGCAGACGAUCACGAUCUCAUAUUCGGACACAGCUCAGCGCCGGGAGGUUUAUUGCAGUACCUACCUCGAAGCGACUUGGGCUGUAUUUUAGCCACCACUCGUGAUCGUGGAGUUGCUGUUGAUUUUGCUGAGACUAAUGUUGUUAUGUUGUCAGAAAUGGGCAUGGAUGAAGCGGAAACCUUUUUCCGAAAGUCAUUGAUCGAAAAUGGCUUUGUCGGUGUUGACGAAGAUAUCAAGUCAUUGCUUGAAUUCCUCGAAAGAAUCCCACUGGCAGUUGCUCAAGCAGUGGCAUAUUUAAACGUCAACCAAGUCACAAUCCGAGAGUUUCUUAGUCUCCUGCAGGGCGUUCCGUAUGACCAAAUCAGCAUCUUGAGUCGGCACUUUCGAGACUCGACACGAUAUCAAGAAUCCCAGAAUGCGAUUGCCUUGACAUGGCUGGCGUCAUUUGACAGAAUCACUCAAACAGACCCAGUAGCAGCAAAACUACUGGCAUUCAUCUCAUACAUUGAACCUAAAGGUAUACCGAGAUCUCUGCUUCCUGAAGGAGGGUCUCGGGAGGAGUUUCUACACGCUAUAGGUACUUUGCUCGGUUAUGGGUUUCUAACUCUACAACGGCAAGACUUCUACGACAUGCACCGACUUGUACAUAUAGCUGCUACUGUAUGGGCAAGGGAAAGAUUUACAGAUACCAUGAAUCCGAAUCUUGCUUUGGAGAAUGUUGCCUCCGUCUUCCUGGGUCCCCAAUAUAACAACCGCGAGAAAUGGAUGGCAUAUAUUCCGCACACACUGAAAAUCUUACAUGACAGAUUCAGGUUUGAUAAUGAGAGUUCCCUAAUUCUAGCUUGCCGCGUAGGGCAAUGCAUGCUGGUCGAAGGAAUGACACAAUUGGCUGUGUCGAUGCUGGAGAACCUGGUGGCUUACACGGAUAUGCGAGGUGACAAGGACUCAAUCUCGCAAUCACCUCAACAUGAGCUUGCGAGAGCCUAUUAUUACGAUAGGCAGCAUGAAAAGGCGGAAUCCAUACUGGAACGUGUGGUGGCUGUACGAGAGGAAGUCCUUGGGGAGGAGCACGAAGAAACAAUAAGGUCACAGGAUGUCCUUGCAAAGGUAUAUCGCGAACUUGGAAAAUACAAGGAGGCAAUAUCAAUACUAGAACGCGUGGUGGCUGUUCGCAAAAAGACCUUGGGUGAAGAGCAUCAAGAAACAAUAGGGUCUCAGCAUGCUCUCGCAAAGGCUUAUCGCCAAGAUGGACGAUUAAACGAAGCGAGAUUGAUGUUGGAGCACGUAGUGGCUCUUCGAGAAAGGGUCUUUGGAGAGGACCACCCAUUUCUACUAGUAUCACAGUUUGAGUUGGCAAAGGUUUAUAAACAAGGGGACCAGAUGGACAACACGAAGGCAUUUUCGAUACUGGAGCGCCUGGUGGUUAGAGGGAUGAGAACGAAUAGCAUGGAGGAUCCGUUUUUUCUGAGCUCGCUGCACGAGCUCGCAAGCUUGCAUUAUGCAAACGACGAGACGGACAAGGCGGUGCUGUUGCUGGAGUAUGUCGUGGCGAUGCACAGGAAGAUAUUGCCCGAGGAUGAUUAUCGCCGUGUGCGGUCUGAGAAGAAUCUUGUGCAGAUGUACAGGUCUUUGGAAACGAGGGGGCAGCAUCGUGAUGGAGCAAUGUAG